AGUUUCAUUUUCCAAAAUAUCUAAAGCACGCGUAGAAAAUUUAAAAUAACUUUUGUUUAAUACUCUUCUAUCAUACUUUCUUGUUUUAAGUAGUUUUAAGUGAAGUCGAUAUAAUUAAAAAGAAAAUGGAGUUGGUUGCAGAAACUUCAAAUGUCCCAGUGGUUCCAAAGCAAGAAGUUCAAACGCCACAGGGACCAAAAGGAAAAUUCCAACAAGGAGGAGGCCCUCCACCCAAUAUGCAAAAGAAAAAAGGCUUUCAGAAUAAAAUGGGCAAUAACCAACAGAGAAAUAUGCGUGGAGGAAUGAAAAAUGAUGACUUCAUGGUUAAUCAUAAAUUAAAGAAUCUAAUGGGUCCUAUGCAUGAUUUGCCAGAAUUGCAAUAUGAAGAGGUUAAAUUUUCUGGAAGAAAUCGACUUUACAUUGGAAAUUUAACAAAUGAUGUUACAGAACAAGAAUUGAAAGAAAUGUUCAAACCUUACGGUGAAAUAUCUGAAGCUUUCAUUAAUGCUGAAAAGAGUUUUGCUUUUCUCAAACUCGAUUAUCAUAUCAACGCCGAAAAAGCUAAAAAAGAGCUUGACGGAAGCAUGAGAAAGAACAAACCUUUAAGGAUCCGUUUUGCUCCAAAUGCAACAACAGUUCGUGUUAAAAAUUUGACUCCAUUUGUUACCAACGAACUGCUCUUCAAAGCUUUUGAGAUUUUUGGUCCCAUCGAACGUGCUGUGAUCAUUGUUGAUGAUCGUGGUAAGACAACUGGUGAAGGAAUCGUCGAGUUUUCUCGUAAAUCAGGAGCAAUGACUGCAAUGAAAUAUUGUCAAGAAAAGUGUUUCUUCCUCACUUCAAGUUUACGGCCAUGUGUUGUCGAAUCUUUUGAUCACAUCGACGACAAUGAUGGCUUCCCGGAGAGAUCUCUUAUGAAAAAGAACAACGAGUUCUUUAAAGCACGACAGAAUGGUCCUCGAUUUGCCGAAAUUGGGACGUUUGAGCACGAAUUUGGAACAAAAUGGAAGCAAAUGUAUGAUCUCUAUAAACAAAAACAUGAUGCAUUGAAAAGAGAAAUGCAAAUUGAAGAAGAGAAACUUGAAGCACAAAUGGAAUAUGCCAGAUUUGAACACGAAACUGAAUCUUUGAGAGAACAGUUAAGAAUGCGUGAACAAGAUCGUGAACGACAGAAGCGUGAAUGGGAAAACAAAGAACGACAAGCUGAAGAAUUCCGUUCGCGUGAUCAACAAGAAAUGCGUCAACAACAAGAAACAAUGCAACUACGUAUGCAAAAGCAAGAUGAAGAAAUGAGACGAAGACAACAAGAGAAUUCUUUGUUUAUGCAAGCACAACAGCUCAAUAAUAUGCUUGAUCAACAAGAAAUGAGCCACCAUGGGAAUCAAAGUGGAGGUGGUGGUGGUGGUGGCGGCGGCGGCGGCGGCGGCGGUGGAGGUCGCAAGAAUUUUAAUGACAACAACGACAACAGACGCAAUUAUGAUAUGAUGAAUCAAGGAAAUCAUGGCGGUGGAAAUCAAUUUCAACAGCAUCAAGGAAAUCAGGAUCAAGGAAAUCGAUUCAAUGAUGGACAGGGUCAAGGUGGACCCCCAAGAGGAAACAUUCGUUCCAAUCCAUGGAAUGAUCGUUCGGGUGGUGGUGCUAAUCACCGUGAUGACUUCCAAAAUAAACGUAGACGAUAUUAAAUCGUCAGUUCAAAUCAAUAUCCCUUAUUCAAUGUUUACGUGUCGUCAUCCAAAAUUUACAUAAAUUAUCCAGUUUUUCAUUUUUUGUUAGAAGUCGUAGAUAAUGUUUAAUUAUUUUUUUUUCGUAUUUGCUAUGGAAAGUCGGAUAAUGGAUAAUUCUAACAAAUAAGAAAACGCAAAAAUUUAUUUGUAAAAUUAUGACAAAUUCAUCUUAUUAAAAUUUUCUCCACGAAAAACUUUUCAUAAUUAUUCAAAGCAUUCAAUUCAGUUGACAAAUAAUUUGAUGAAACUGAAUUUGAUAAUUGAAAACUAUUUUUGCACAUUACUCAGCCAAAACAUUAAAUAAUUGAUUUUAAUCUAAAGAAGAAGGGAAGAAAUAAGAUGAUAAAAAUAUCUUUUAAUGAUAACACUUUAUAAUCUAUUUUAAACAUAAGAGGAAAAUUCGUGCAACUAUUGUAUGUGUAUGGUUUUAUUUUGAAAUUAAAAUUUGUGCCGUUCAUUCUCAAAAUCAAACUGUUUUUAAGCUUUUAAAGUGUUGAACCUUUUUUAAUUUUUAUUAUG